AUGAAGACUCUCUGGGACCCUGCCAGCUCCUCGUCUAUGCUCUCUUUUGCUCGCUUCGUCGUCGGAACAAUCGAUAGAACCGACGGCGGCGGUGAAAGUGGGGACGAGAGAGUGUGCUUCAACAAGAGAGUUCAAAACAGAAAAGAAAAGCGGCAUGCUGCUGUUGUCCCUGUUUCGAUUGGCACACACCACACUCUCUGGCGCAUACAUUUACACGAGCGCCCUCUUUUUCAUGGGGUUGGUGGAGAGGGGGACGAUGACGACGACUACGACGAGAAGACGAAGAAGAAGAAGAUGAGAAUACUGAAAAAGGGCAGAAAGCCAAUACGGGGCGAAAAAAUGGGCGGAGUUUCGUAG